GUCGACGUUUCACCGUGGUGCGCAGCCGUCUUCCCCGACGAUAACAUUGCACUAGCAACUUUAAUCGCGUAAUAUUAGGUACUCACCAAAUAAUCAUUCGCCAACAAUUGACACGACUCAGUGAGCCGAUAGUCGCGGAACGUAAUCUAUUUGCAGCUUCCGCGUUUCGUCGCCUCACACGAUCUUACCGUGCGUUUUUGCGGCGCGCGCGUCCUUUUCUGUGUUCGCAGUAAUAAUAAUAUGCGUACGUCAGCGUAGACGAGUACGGCGUCGAAAGAUCGAUCGGCCCCUUUCUCCUGUCGACAAAGACGACGAGACCACGACGCAAACGGCGUUCCGACCAACGGGCACGCGUAUCUUGUCCACGGCACCUGGAACUAUUCGGCCGACGACCGGGUCCAUCGCUGUGAUCUCUGCAUUCGUUUUUUUCUCAGUCACCUACGUGCUCCGUGCGUUAGACUCGCAUUUUCACCAAUGGCUGUGCGCACCCCCUGCAAAAAUGACUGUGGCUGUGAGCAAACAAGCUUACAUUUGCAUGCUGAAAUUGAAAAUUUGAAACAAAAACUCCUAGAAAGAGAAAAUCAUAUUCUCAAUAUGGAAACAAAUUUUCUCUGUGAAGCCGAAAAAUUUCCACAUGGCGAGUAUGCUGCAUUAACAGACGAAAUAAUAAUAUGGCAAGACAAAUAUUCCAGGUUAUUAGAAUCUCAUAAGAGAGUUCAACGUGUGAACCAAAGUCUUGAAGAUAAAUUAUUAUUACUUGUUGAUAAAACUGAAACAGAAAAGAAUGUAUUAAACUUAGAAAUUACAACACUAUCUCGAAAAAUUGUAGACCAGCAACUUCAAAUUAAUCAAUUGAAUGACGAAAAUGAGAGGUAUAAAAAUGAUCUUAAUACUGCUAUCCAAUUACUUCAGUGUAAACCAUCACAUUUUGUUUCUCAAAAAUUUAAUAAUUUGCCCACUGAACUACAGUCCAAAGUUCGAAACUAUAUUUUUACCAAACAACGAAGAUUAUCAGAUGGCAAUGGUAAUGUAGCCCAAAAAUCAGAGGGAAAAACUAUAAAAGUUCCAAUUCCUACAUUUCCUCCAACAGCUAUGGUUUAUUCAUUGAGCAAUGAAAAAUCCCUUAAGUCAUCAAGAGAUAUCGAAGAAGGAUCUACUCAAUCUGUAAACAAUGUUUCAGCAUCGAUUCUAGCCAAAGUUUUAGAAGAAAGAGUCAAAGAGCGGUUAACUCAACGACACUGUUACACUUGUUCAUGUAAUAUCAAGAAUAAUGACUCAAAUACGGAACAGCAAGAAUGUCCUUCUCCUCAAACCGAUUCCUCAGAAAAGCGAUCAUCGCGCACACUCACUAAAUGUAGUAAACGACCGAACAGUGCUAAAAGUUCAGAAUCUCUCGCAUCCGAAUCUGAUCUGACGUCGAAUUUUGACAAUUCGCUAUCUAUAUCAGAUUCCUCUGAUAACGGACUGAAACUAACUGCUAGAUCAAGAAUAUGUUCUGUACGCUUACAAGAAGGUAGCAAUAACAUACUGCUGGACAAUGCUGCAACACCAUUUACAGGCCCUGUACUUUACAAAAGUCGCUCCUCUAGUAGUGAAUAUGAUGAACCAUUAGUGCAUUCGCAAAAAUUAAUGGAUCGUAGUUUGCAUGCCAAUGAAAAUACAUGUAUAUUGAUUUCAGACGAAGAAAUAAUUUAACGAGUUGAAUAAUUGGCAAGAAUAAAAGUCAAUGUGAUUUGUUCGACAAUAACUACUGUAGGUGAUUGAUGAAAUAACAUACAUUUUAUUCGGACUAAAUAUAAAUGGGUGUAUGUUUCUUAAAAUUGUACAUUAUGUAUUAUUUUUUGUGUCUUUGAGUUUGUAUAAUUAAAAUUGCUGCUUAUUAUUAU